UCCCUGGCUCCACCUCUUCUGCCACAAACGUCAGCAUGGUUCUAUCUGCUGGCCCUUGGUCCAGUGAGAAGGCAGAGAUGAACAUUCUAGAAAUCAACGAGAAACUGCGACCCCAGCUGGCAGAGAAGAAACAGCAGUUCAGAAACAUCAAAGAGAAAUUUCUUGUAACUCAAGUGGCCUGCUUCCUAGCCAGCCGGCAGAACAAAUACAAGUAUGAAGAGUGCAAAGACCUCAUAAAAUCUAUGCUGAGGGAUGAGCUUCAGGUCAAGGAGGAGAAGCUUGUAGAGCAGCUUGGGCAAGCUGAGGAGCUCAGGCAAUAUAAAGUCCUGGUUCACUCUCAGUCACGAGAGCUGGCCCGGUUAAGGGAGAAGUUACGGGAAGGGAGCGAUGCCUCCCGCUCAUUGAAUCAGCAUCUCCAGGCCCUCCUCACUCCGGAUGAGCCUGACAACUCCCAGGGGCAGGAUCUCCGAGAGCAGCUGGCUGAGGGCUGCAGGCUAACAGAGAACCUCAUCCACAAACUCAGCGCAGAAAAUGAUGAAGAUGUGGAUGACGAUGUUUACGUUGAGGAGGCUGAGAAAGUACGGGAAUCAUGCGCCCCCAGGGAGGUACAGAAGGCUGAAGAGAAGGAAUUCCCGGAGGACUUACUGGAGGAAUGUGCUCUCACCUGUUCAAAUAGCCACGGCCCUUCUGACUCCAGCCAGCCUCACAGGAAAACCAAAAUCACAUUUGAGGAAGACCAAGUUGACUCUGCGCUGGUUGUAGACAGUGAACCUUCUCAUGAUGAAGGGGAGGAAGCUCUAAACAUUCUCCCAGAAAUUGAAAAGGAUCAAGAAGAGGAAGAAGAUCAAGACUCACCAUGCCCCAGGCUGAGCCCGGAGCUGCCAGAGGUGGAGGAGCAGGACCCCCCGCAGGACUGUCUGGAUGAAAUUUACUUGACUCCUUCCCUUCCCCAUGACCUCUCUGAUUGCCAGCAGCCUUACAGCAGCACGUUGUGCUCAUUGGAGGAUCAGCUUGCCUGCUCUGCUCUCGAUGUAGCCUCUCCCACCCAGGCGGACUGUCCUUACGGACCUUGGAGCGGAGACUUGAGCCACCACCUGUCAGAGGUGCAGGCUUCACAGGCACAGCCAGGGCUGAGAACCCUGGCGCCCAAUUGUCUGCGACUGCAGCUGGAUCAAGGGUUUGACUGUGGCUAUGGCUUAGCCAGGCAGGGCGUUUCCUCCACCACCUGCAGCUUCACAGCCAAUGCUGAUGCUGGGAAGCAAUGGCCCUUCCAAGGUAGGGAAGGAAAGGGGACCAGGAAGCUCUAA